CAUACACGCAUGGGACUCUGGGAAUUAAACAGGAAUACAGGAAGAGACAGAAAUAGCUGUUUUGCUCUUUUUGAUCCAGCAUUUUGGACUAUUUAGCCAGUGUGUGUGAGGGUGUGUGUUGAUGGGUAAGGUGCAGGUUGGAGUAGGGCCGUUCGCCCGAAGGCCCGAUAACUCAGCCUUUAAGCAACAAAGGCUGCCGGCGUGGUCUCCCUCCCUCACGCCACACACCGUGCUGCCUAUCUUCUACUCCCUCUCUCUAGUGUGUUUGCUGCUGGGCGUCUGGGUCCUCAUAACAGUCCAGAACACACACCAGCUGAAGGUUGACUACACAGAUGCUGGUUCGUGUGGCCACUGCUUAGAGAUGCGCAAAUAUCCCACCAACGCCACUACCCAGUGUAACUGUGUUGUAGACUUCAAUAUCCCAAAGACCUUCCUGGGGGAUGUCUUCUUCUACUAUGGCCUGAUUAAUUUCCACCAGAACCUGCGCAGGUACAUGGACUCCCGUGACGAUGCCCAGCUGGUUGGGAGGAAGAAUAGCCUGAAGGCCCCCAGUUCAUACUGUGAGCCGUUUGCUUAUGAUACAAAUGGUGUGCCUGUUGCCCCCUGUGGCGCGGUGGCUAACAGCAUGUUUAACGAUUCGUUCACGCUGAGGUAUCGUCUGUCUGAUGGUAACAUAGAUGUUCCACUCCUCAGGAAGGGCAUCACCUGGUACACGGACAAAAACAUCAAGUUCCACAAUCCCAAAUCAAACACGACACUCCAGCAGGCCUUCGAAGGUACGGCUCAGCCGUUGUACUGGCAGCAGCCGGUGUAUAACCUUGACCCUGUUGAUCCCAACAACAAUGGCUUCAUCAAUGAUGAUCUGAUCGUGUGGAUGAGAGAAGCGGCCUUCCCCAACUUCAAAAAGCUCUAUGGCAUUCUCAACCGUGCUUAUGCCCCAUUCUCACAGGGCCUGCCUGCUGGCAACUACAGCGUCCACAUCAACUACAAUUUCCCUGUACAGUACUUCCAGGGCAGGAAGGAAAUCGUGCUUACCACGGUGACCUGGUUCGGUGGUCAGAAUCUCUUCCUGCCCAUUGCGUACCUGGUGACUGGAGGUGUGAUCUUCAUCGUGAGUGUCAUUCUGACUGUGGUGUAUGUCAAGGUGGGCCGAGACGGCAAGAACAUGGAGGAGUGAUAGAGCAGACGGAGGAUCUUGGAUGAUUAUGGAAAGCCGACGUAAUCCAAAUGAAGCCUGAAUAUAUUUAUUCCUAUCAUUAUUCUGUAGGAUGACUAUGCAUAAUGUGUCAACCCUGCACUGAGAAUUUUCUCCACUCUGAGGAAAUAUGUAGUGACAUGAUAUGAGCUGAUUAAGUAAAAGUUUAUCCAGAACUGUAAAGUUUGCUGAGUUAAGCUACUGUUGGAUUGUACGUGACCAAUCAUAGUAAGAGAAUGUACAACAAAUUUACACCCAGAUUAUAUGUUUGAGCUGCAGAUGUAGGUGUGCAAUGUGAUAUUUAAGGUUGAUCACUGUGUCAGCCAUACGAUGUGCCAUGUUAUAAAAUCAAAAUGAGCAAAUAAAACUUUGUAUGAAGGAA